AUGUCGUUCUUCAAAAAGCUCCAAAAGGAGUUUGAGGACCUGAAUCUAUUCGACAAGAAGAAAGAAGAGCCUCAACCGGCUGCCGACACGGCCACCAAGCCUGCCGACAACCACGGCUCACCGGCGCCCCAGCAGCAGCAGCAGCAGCAGCAGCAGCAACAGCCGCCCUACGGCCAACAACCGCCCUAUGGCCAACAACCAUACCAGCAGCAGCCCUACGGCCAGCCUCCCCAGCAGUAUGGCAGCCCUCAGCCUAGCGGCUACGGAGCGGCCCCCCCUCCCCCUCCCCAGCAGCAGCCCACUCCUCCCGGCCAGCCUCAACUCCCGCCCGGCUGGGCCUCGCACUGGGACCCUGCCUCCCAGCGCUACUACUACGUAGAGACCGCCACCGGCAAGACCCAGUGGGAAGCUCCGGCCGCUCCUCCUCCCCCUCCCCCUCCCCCACCCGCGAGCAAUCCCGCCUCUCCGCCCGUGCCGUCCGGACAACCUGGCGCGCCUCCCCCGAUCCCGCAAAGCAGCUACCCGGGCUCUCCGUCGCCCGCCCCUGGUGGAGACGGCACGCGGUCCGUCGGCGGCCCUCCCGGCGGUGCGCCCCCUUACGGAUCUCCCCAACCGGGAGCUGCCAACGGCGGAGCUCCUCCGCAGGGCGCCGCAUCCGGCUACUUUGGCGGCGCUCCAGCUCCCGGCGGCGCCCCGUCCUACGGCUCGCCUGCCCCUGGUGCUGCCUACACCUCCCCACCCCCGGGCGCGCCGUACGGUUCGCCGUACGGCCAGCCGUCACCUUACGGUCAGCAGCAAUCGCCAUAUGGUCAGCAGCAAUCGCCCUACGGUCAGCAACAAUCGCCAUAUGGCCAGCAGCCACCCUACGGCCAGCAGCAGUCGCCAUAUGGCCAGCAGCCACCCUACGGCCAGCAGCCCUACGGCGCCGCCCCUCCCACGCACCCGUACGGACAGGAUGCCACCAAGGACCCCAAGACGGGCAAGAAAGCCGGCAGCAGCGGCAUGCUCCUCGGCGUUGCGGGUGGUCUAGCCGCCGGUGCCGUCGGUGGAGCACUGCUGAACCAUGCUCUGAGUGGCCCCGACUCGGACGACGAAAAGGAAAAGGCCGCUGCAGCCGCCGCCGCCGCCCCCCCAGCAGCCGCCGCCGCAGCCGCAGCCGCCCCGGUAGCCGCUGCAGAAGCCCCAGUAGCCGCCGCAGAAGCCCCAGUAGCCGCCGCCGCUCCCGUAGCCGCCGCAGAGCCACCACCGCCGCAAAUCAUCAACAACUACUACUACGACACGCCGCCGCCGCCUCAGCCCGCGGCCGAGCAAGACGAGAUGCCGCCGGCGGUGCUGGGCGCGUACGACGAGAACGGCAAUCGUGUGUCGGACAGCGACCGCGAGGAGGUGCGGGAGGCGCGCGAGCGGUACGAGGAGGCCCUCGCCGAGGCGGCCGACUCGGACGCCAGCAGCAGCGAGCAGGAGGAGCUCGAGGAGGCGAGGCAGGAGUACAUUGAGCAGUACGAGGAGCAUUACGGAGGUGGUGAUGAUGACGAUGGUGGUUAUGACGACGACGAAUAA